AUGACAGUGACACAUAAUACUGAUAUUAUUAUCUUAAAUGGUACCUAUUUAAUAUCAUUUCGAAAUGGGCAAAAAUACAGGCAAAUGAAAUUACCUAUACCGGGUAAAAGUUUAUCAACAUUUGAAGAUGAGAGCGGCUCAGAACGGAUAAUUGCGCUUGGCCGAAGUAACGAUGUAUUAUUUGUUUUUACGAAUGAUUUAAAACCAUUCGAAGAGAUCUAUUACAAAAAUGAUGCCAAAGAGACAUGUAAUUUUGCUAUUUGGUAUCAAAAUUACUAUUAUAUAAGUUGUCAAAGUGCUAUUUUACAACUUUCUGAGGAUGGUGAAAUUGUGGAAAAAAUUAGCGCUAAUAAUGGAACAUUUUCGCUUGGUAUAACAUUUGAUAAUAAAUCUCGAAUAAUUGCAAUUGUUAGAGGACAACCACUUCUUCAAGUUUUUCAAAAUGGUCAAUUACGACGCAAUCUAUCGGCGAUAUCAACCGAUGAAAUAUUGACAAUUUGGUCGGAAAUUCUUUAUGAAAAUGGUCGAUUGCAUAUUGUGGAUUAUCUGGCAAGUAAACUGAAGACUUUUCGCUAUCCAAUUGAUAGCACUGAAAAUUGA